GCGGCGCCGGCGAAGCACCGCGGCCUCGCCACGUUCGCGGCGUUCCAGAAGGCGCUGGGCGCGCUGGGCCUCCGGUACGGCGAGCCGGAGGUGGACGAAGUCCUCCGGUACUGCACGACCACCGACGACGGCUACGUCCACUAUGCGGAGAGACCUCCUCCGCGCGGCCGCGCCGUUCGCGGCAUCCCGCGCGCAGCAGAGCAACGCGAAGGCGGCGAUCUUCCCCGCGGAGGACGCCCCGCCGAGGCGGCCGCCCUCCCCCGAGGGCGGCGCGCCCCUGCGGCCGCGGGCGCGCUGCGACCCGCAGAGCUUCCUGGCGGACCACGCCGAGGACAUCCGCAGG